UUUUUUGGGGGGAGAACACAAUCUGAGUGAACUAUGUGUUGGCAUGGCGACGAAGAGGAUGAGGACAGCUCGGAGAGUGACCCUGGUGGGCUGUCGGUUCUGGAGCAGCUAGGUCUGGACCAGAACUCAGACUUCUCAGACUCCAGUGUGCAGCAACUACUGGACGAGCAGCGCGAAAGGAUCCGCAGGGAGAUACGCAAGGAACUGAAGAUCAAGGAAGGAGCUGAGAACCUGCGCAGGGCAACAACUGACAAGAGGAAUGCUCAGCAGGUGGACAGUCAGUUACGGUCUUCAAACCGCAGGGUGGACAAUCUGCAUGCUCAGCUGCAGGAACUGGAUGCCCACAUUGUGGUGAAGGGAGGAGAGGAGAAUAAAGAUGAGUGCCCUCAGUCUCCCGGGGCAGAGAGCCGAACGUCAGCCCACAAGGAGCGCAUUGCUGCCCUGGAGAGACAGCUCAACAUUGAGCUCAAAGUCAAACAGGGGGUCGAGAACAUGAUCCCCAUCUACGCCAAUGGAUCCACCAAGGAUAAGAAGAUGUUGCAGACGGCCCAGCAGAUGCUACAGGACAGUAAGACCAAAAUCGACAUCAUCCGCAUGCAAAUCCGCAAGGCUGUGCAGGCCACCGAGCACAAUGACGACACACAGAGUAACCAGGACAUGUGCGGGGUGGAGCUGCGCAUUGAAGAGUUGAGGCAUCACUACAGGGUGGAACACGCUGUCGCUGAGGGGGCCAAAAAUGUGCUCAGGCUUCUGGGGGCCAGCAAGGUUCAGGACAAGAAAGCCCUGUCUGAGGCGCAGUCUCGCCUGAGCGAGGCGUCUCAGCGGUUGGACCUGCUGAGAGACUCUCUGGACCAGCGUCUGGCGGAGCUGCCAGAGGACCACCCCAAGGCCAACAUCAUCAAAGAGGAGCUGGUCCUGGCCUCCUCCCCUGCCUUCAGUUCCCGCCACGGUGCCCCCUACCUGCACAACCAGUACAGCACCCUCAACAAACCCUCACCCCUCACUGGUACCCUGCAGGUGCAGCUGCUGGGCUGUGUGGGGUUGUUGGAGGUGGUCCCAGGUCGCAAUAAAGGGACGGCUGUCAUGCUGCCCUGUCACAGCCCUGGAGACACAAGGUCUUUCAUGAGGGGUAGCAAAGGACUCUAUGGACGAAGCGGCUCAGUCAGUGGGAAGACGCCCAGCAAGACAGAUGAGCUCUCAUCUGAGGUGAGUGCUGUGCUGAAGCUGGAUAACACAGUGGUCGGCCAGACAUCCUGGAGGACUGUGGGAGAACAGGCUUGGGACCAGACUUUUACUGUGGAGCUGGAAAGGACACGAGAGAUGGAGAUUGCAGUUUACUGGAAGGAUUAUCGCUCGCUGUGCGCUUUGAAGUACCUGAAGCUGGAGGAGUUCCUGGACAACCAGAAACACAGAGUUCAGCUGGAGCUGGAGCCUCACGGCCUGCUGCUGGCUGAGGUGACCUUCUUUAACCCAGUAAUUGAGAGAGUUCCUCGUCUCCAGAGGCAGAAGAAAAUAUUUUCUAAGCAGCAAGGCAAGGCAUUCCUUCGGGCUCGCCAAAUGAAUGUGGAUAUCGGGACAUGGGUGAGGCUGCUGCGAAAUGCCAUUCCCACUGUCAACAACUCAGGAACCUACAGUCCCAACGCGCACAGUCUAACACUUAACUCCGGGGAGAUCUCUGUGGAGAAGUUGAGUCUGGACAGCGACUCUCCGAUAAGAGGCGAUUACAAGAGAGACACGGACACACACACUCCGGUGAGACAGACAGAGACAGAGGACGCCCAGGAAAUGGGGGAGGACCGGCUUCCAGUCAUUGAGCCCUUCUCCCCCCCAGACCUCACCCCUGAGUGCCCUGUCCAAACCCCACCUGUUAGCAGUAAGCAGAGAAAAGGUCCUCUGUCCCUGCAGGACUUCAGGCUGAUCGCUGUAUUGGGCAGGGGACACUUUGGGAAGGUGUUGUUGUCAGAGUACAAGAAAACCGGCACGAUGUAUGCCAUCAAAGCUCUGAAGAAGGGAGAUAUCAUGGCUCGGGAUGAGGUGGAGAGUCUGAUGUGCGAGAAGCGCAUCUUUGAGAUCGUGAACAUGUCGCACCAUCCCUUCCUGGUCAACCUGUUUGCGUGUUUCCAGACAGCAGAACACGUGUGUUUUGUUAUGGAGUACACAGCAGGAGGAGACCUGAUGAUGCACAUCCACACAGACGUCUUCACAGAGCCAAGAGCUGUGUUUUAUGCUGCCUGCGUGGUUCUUGGACUGCAGUUCCUUCAUGACCAUAAGAUUUCUCCGUUCCCAGGAGACGAUGAGGAGGAGGUGUUUGACAGCAUUGUGAAUGAUGAAGUACGCUACCCACGCUUCCUCUCCACUGAGGCCAUCGGCAUCAUGAGAAGGCUAUUAAGGAGGAACCCAGAGAGAAGACUGGGCUCUGGUGAGAAGGAUGCAGAGGAGGUGAAGAAGCAGCCAUUUUUCAGAAAUGUGGACUGGGAGGCGUUGCUGCAAAGAACAGUGCCCCCUCCCUUCAUCCCCUCCAUCGGCAGCAAAGAAGACGUCAGUAACUUCGAUGAGGAGUUCACCACUGAACUUCCCACCCUCACGCCUCCCCGGGAGCCCCGCGUGCUCUCCCGCAAAGACCAGGACAGCUUCCGGGACUUUGACUAUGUCUCAGACCUCUGCUAGUGGACCUGUCGCCUCACACACCUAGAGGAAUGUUCAAGCUUCAUGGCGGCUUCCGUCAGAGCGGACCGGCAGUCUAGUCUAACUGUCCACUGACUGUUUUUUCUGCCAUUAAUUACACUGUGAAUGAAUGUGGAGAGACAGAAAGAAGUCUGUUUUUUAUGUGAAGGUUUUAAAGAUUGAGAACAGAGGAAGUAAAAGUUGGGACAGAUAGCUGAUGGGGUUAAAUGUUCUAUCUUGAAUGAAGGAUGAACAGAGAGCCCCACUACAAUCAUUGUACAACACACCAGUGACUUGUGUAUCUUACAAACAUUACUUUUGAAACAGGCCUCCUCCGAUCCUCUUACGUGUCAGUGUCGUCACCUGUGCAGCUGUGAGGGGACAGGUUCUUUUUACUGUUGACUGUUUGGAGGUUGCUCAGUGUCCUCUUAUACCGAUGCCUUACAUUUGUACUUGUGUUUUAUCCACGGAGAAGCCUUUUUGUUUUAAUAUUUUGGAGCAGCGAUAACGACGUGCUGCAGAAAUACUCUUUUUAAUAAAAAAAGAAGAUUUGCUGGUCAGAGUGGAAUUAAACGUUCAGAGUAAAUAUAUGCUUGGAGCUUUUCCAGCAUUCGUAUCAUGACGACCUGCAGACUGCAGACUCAUGCUCGGCGUAUUAUGAGUUAACUAUAGGGUAAAAAACCACUGUCUGAUAGUGGACUUUUCAUGCCCCAUAUUUGAUGACUGUCGAUGCAUUGUUCAAUACCUUGCACAUACUUAAUGUGUGCUUUUUUAUUUGGGAUGUUUGGGUAUUACACACAUUUGAUAUAAGCAUGUGUAGCAAACAGACACAAAACCAUGGGCGUAAAAGCUAUGUUGCAAGCAGGUUAUUGUUUUUUUUUUUUGUCAGAAAAAAAAUACACUAAGACUUGAAAAAGUUGAAAAAAGAUUGUCCUUUAUGGGUUUGACACAUUCCUCCUGUUUUCGAGAUGCUAGCAGACCUUUGUUAACAUGGAGUAAGUGAUUACAUCAGACUUUAAACUCA